GGGCCGCCGAGCACCGGGUGCGGUCGCCGCUCGCGCGCAUUGCCCUGUUUGCAGUGUGUGCCGAGGCCCGGUGAGGGCCGGUGCGGGUCAGAGUGUUGUCCGUGUGGGGCCAGCUGGGGUUCAGUGGUCGGUUUGUGGAAGCGUUGAUUUCUACAGACAGCACCACGGGCCGCGGACGCUGCUUUUGCGCCGCGGGCGGCGCUCGGACGGCAACCACAGACCAGUCGAGAGACACCCGACAUGUAGUGGUGCGCGGCAUGUGUGCACUGUCAUGUGUGUUGCCUCGCUAGUGACUCUCGUGCUGGUGCUCGGCGGCCCGAGUGGCGCCUCUGACCUGCCCGAGCCCUCGCCUUUCGAUGGCGCGGACCCACACAUUCCAUCUACCGCUGCCGACGGCGACAGUCCGCCGGACUCUGAGGCCUUCUACGCCACUCUGCUGUCGUCAUCCAGCCAGGAGCCCGACCAGCAGCCUGGCCGGCAGGGCAGGGGACUGGACGAAGACCCUUCCGACGAGGCCCGGCUCUCCUUCGCAGCGCAGGGUAGCUUCUACAACCUGACGUUGCACCGUGCCCCGAACUUCGUCGACCCUGACUUUCUAGUGCUGAAGCGGUAUGACAACUACACAACUAUCGUCCAGGCCGGCGCGGGUCCGUCGGCACCCUGCUACUACUGGGGAGAAGUUCGCCGAACCGGCGAGCAAAGGCCGGGAUGGGCGGCCGUCAGUCUGUGUGGAAGCAUGCGUGGGGUGAUGCAGGUUGGAAAUCAAAGUCUUGUUAUCGAGCCUCAGGGCGAACGUCGGGUAACGCGGUCGGCGCCAACUGAUAGCGAUGGUCAAAUCAUUGGACCACAGAUCCUACGCCUGGUGGCUGGUCCACUUCGGCCUGAAAAGAAUACAGAAGGUGACCCGAAUGCAUGUGGGACAGGAAGCGCUGCUGGUGAUGAGGAAGAGCUGAACUGUGAUGAUGGUGACAGUGCGUGUGCUAGUAAAGUUGAUGGUGAUAUUGAUCAUAUUGGAGAGGAGGACGUCAGUGCUCAUGAUCCUAAAAUGAGGGUACGACGUGAGACCAGAAACCGUCAUCCUCUUACUAUUGAGCUGGCAGUUUAUGUUGACCUACCGCUUCAAAAGCAGAUGACGGACCUGUAUGGCAAACACACGGACGAGGAGAUCACCAACUUUGUCAUGGCGAUGGUCAAUGCCAUGGAGCUGCUGUACGACGACUCGUCCUUGGAAAGGAAAAUCCGAUUCGUGUUGAAGCGACUCGAGCUGCUCAAGACCAACAAGGCUGAGCUGAAGCAGCAGCGCGACAUCAAUGCCUUUCUGACCAGUUUCUGUCAGUGGCAGCAAGGCCAGAAUGUGGCCUCAGACGCGGAUCCGCUGCAUUGGGAUCACGCUGUUCUGCUGACUGGGGUGGAUCUCUUUACGGCGGCAGACGCACGCGAGGUAAACCGGCAAGUGGUGGGCUUUGCACCCGUUGGGGGUAUGUGUACCGCCGCCAGCAGCUGCACCGUGAACGAGGGCAAGGACUUCGAGUCUGUAUACAUCGUAGCUCACGAGAUCGGCCACAGUCUCGGCAUGCAUCACGAUGGCCAAGGGAACUCGUGUAACGCCGAAGACCACAUCAUGUCGCCUACUCUCGGCACGGGGAAGAACACCUGGUCAAUAUGCAGUCGCGACUCUCUGGAUCGUUUUGUGGCCACGCGGCAGGCCGACUGUCUGAAGGACUCUAGCUUGGCGGUGGACCUGUCGAACCAGUGGCCGGACACGCUGCCUGGCGAGAGGAUCGGCGCCGACCAGCAAUGUCGACUCAAGUACGGACCCAGCAGUUCCCGGGCGCGCGAGCAGCCGCUUGCAGAGCUCUGCGUCAACCUGCACUGCAAGUACGACCACCACCGCUGGACCAGCCACCCAGCGCUCGAGGGCACCGCGUGCGGGUAUGACAAUUGGUGUCGUCGUGGUCAGUGUGUUCGCAGAGAUGGCGGAGGUGACUCAUCUGCCAAGCGCGACGGAGGCUGGAGUUCGUGGAGCAGCGCGACGCCGUGCGCUAGCUCCUGUCUCCGUGGAGAUGACGGCUCGCUCUUUGAAGGCAGUGCAGGGGUACGUGAGCGCUUCAGGCGCUGCAACAGCCCAUAUCCGCGCAACGGAGGCGCUGAAUGUGACGGCAGCGCGCGCCAGUACGAGACGUGCGACGCAUCGGCGUUGUGCGCCCGCGCUAGACGACGCUCCGUCAGCGAGUACGCGCACGAGAUCUGCCGACAAGCGGCUCGCUCUGAUCGGAAGCUCUCUGGGUAUGGCGUCAGUCGCGUCACCAGCAAUGCCUUCGACGCGUGCAAUAUCUGGUGCGAGCGGCGCGAUUCGGGCCUGGAGCGUCACCGGCAGUCGUUCCCUGACGGUGUGCGCUGCUCUACGCGGCCCGACGCCGGCAGCCGGCCGCAGUUCUGCGUCGGAGGACGCUGUGAGGCGUUCUCCUGCGAUGGGCAGUCACUCUUUAGGGUCGGUGAUGGCAGCUCGUGCAGCGGCGGUGAUCUGGAUCGCGCGCCAGUGGAUACCCUCACCGCGGUGGAGAACGGGCUGAAGCUGUCGCCAGAAAUGAACGUAGUUCAGCGGGACGGCUGGGACGACUGGCGCUCCUACUCUCGGUGCCGCUUCAGCUGCACGUCCCCUGCUAAGGGUCUGGAGCUGGUGCAGCGUCGCUGCCAGCAGUCGCCCUGCCGCGGACUCGACAAGACGGUACGUCACUGCGAGCCACAACGGGACGGCACCGACUGCGUCUCGCUGCGGACGCCCUUCGAGUACGCCACUGCCGUGUGCCAGCGCUACCGGAAGAAGUUGAGCCUGAGCCAGCUGUCGGGGAUCGGCCUGCAGCUGUCUGCCUCCGCCGACGACCCGGACCGGCCGUGCACGGUCACUUGCCAGGACCGGGACGCGUCGCUGCGCUUCUAUCGGGUCCGCGGCCGUGAGGGAUGGUUCCCCUCCGGCAUGGACUGCAGCCGCGGUGAGGAGGGACGCACCGCCUUCUGCCUCAGCGGCAAGUGCGUCGACUUCGCUGCUGAUGGCACACCACUGCACGACUCCAAGUACGACUACGCAUACCUGUUUGAGUCCAGUUUCCGGUUCCACCGCGUGGUACGUGCGCUGCGAAACACCAGCAGACCACGCGGCACCGUGAACCGCGCCUUCAUCGAGCGCGUGAUCAGCGAGCUGCAGUUGGAGCGCGAAGACGUCGGACCUGCUUCCUCCGCAGCGACCUUGCCGGAGAUCAUCAGCGUCGACGACAUUGACCUGGAGGCUCCGCUGCUGCUGGCACGACUUCCAGCCGACUUCCCCGGCCGCCACGUUCCGGAGCCGGUACCACAGCCGCUGCCGGAUCCGCCGGGCAACGCGCUCGGACACGCGUUUGCUCUCGGAGCGCCUAACCGCAUGGUGGAGGAAGAUGAGCGGCGACCUCCGACAGAGGAGCCGUACACUCCGAAGCAGGAGCCUGUGUGGGAGCCGGUGCCGGACUCCGCGAGCUCCGUGCGCCUGUCGCCGGUGGUGAUGGUAGGAGUGGGCGUAGCGGUGAUGGCGGCGCUGCUGUGGUAGCCGUCGCAGAAAAUCUGUGAGACUCCAGUGAUAGUGCGAGGUCGCCAACCUCGCGUGAUUCCUAACUGAAUCCGGUGAUUCGCUGAUCGGGGCCGCCUACCGAUAAUCGGCCACUUUAUGAUGUUGAUUAUUGACACGCAGUCACGCGAAAUGCUGGGGAAAAUGUUUGUCCACGGUCGUGGUAUCGUGAACGUGAUCUGAAAGAGCCUCGCGUAGCACGGAAGGCCAGAUAACAAUUCAGUGAAACAGACCGACACAAUGAAAUUGUGUUCAGCUCCUGCACGCUUGUUCACGCGAGACCCGAGCACGGUCUGGUCCAAAGCACGGCUGCUCUGCAUUGAACAAGACUCAACUAAAGGUGUAGGCGUCUUGUUCACGUGCAGCCCCCGUUCGUGUUCCUGGACACUAACAAUGCUUGCGAUUUCUUCUCAUUAGUCAUUCCUUCUGUGUAGAUAUAUAUGGAUCAGGGCAGUUGUGGUUCCCGAGUCCUCUGCCCCUCAUUCGUGCAGAGUUCGAACUAUGUUUUUGGUUCUCGAGCAGCCGUCUGGAUCGGAACGCUGGUCUUGUGUGUUUUGUGACCUAUUAAUAAUACAGAGGGAUUUCGUCAG